AACCAGAGCUGUCAGCUGACAUCUACAAGUACGUAGUAACAGCAAGAAUGUAUACUAUUUACCUUACCGAUUACAGGUGUGACCAGAGCUGCUCCAAAGCAAAAAUUAGGAGUUUUAUGAAGCACGUUUGACUAUAAUAACAUUUCUUAUAAAUAUGUUUAUAUAUAUUAUUUUUGUUCUUGCAAGUGAAAAUUAAUAUCCCAUAUUACCUAUACUUUAGCCAAUAUAUUUUUCGACGACGCGUUUGUGCUGGAUGAAAAGCUAUGCGAGAAUUCUCGAAAUCCCCCAAUGAAUGAAUAUGUAAAAACUUUAAUUGUCAGUAUAAAGAAGGCAUGCUUCGAAGUGUAUGGGGUCAACAUGAAGAUCAAGUCUCCAGUAAAGACCGAAACACCUUAUGGUGGUCGCCUCGUAUGGACAUUACCAGGUCGAUCAAAAAUGAUUGCUCAUCUAAAGAAUAAAGAUAAAAUAAGACAUAAAAAGCGUUGGUCUCAAGUCAUGUACAUGUACUAUUUACUUGGUUUCCGCAUUAUGGAAAUUGAAGAUAUAUCGGCACGACGCAAAGCAGUUAUUGCUGAGAACACAUUUCUUUUGGCAUUGGAUGGCGAUAUUGACUUCCAGCCUCAAGCCGUGCAGCUACUGGUUGAUCGCAUGAAAGCCAUAGACGAAUUGGGCGCUGCUUGUGGACGUAUUCAUCCUGUCGGUCGUGGACCCAUGGUCUGGUAUCAAAUAUUUGAAUAUGCGAUAGGUCAUUGGCUGCAAAAAGCUACGGAACACGUUAUUGGUUGUGUGCUCUGUAGUCCCGGUUGUUUUAGUUUAUUUCGUGGUAGUGCACUAAUGGAAAAUAGUGUAAUGAAAAAAUAUACUAUGGUAUCGAAUGAACCCAUGCAUUAUGUGCAGUAUGACCAAGGAGAAGAUCGGUGGUUAUGUACAUUGAUUUUGAAACAGGGCUUACGUGUAGAAUAUUCAGCUGCAUCGGACGCUUAUACUCAUUCACCCGAGAUGUUCAAUGAAUUCUAUAACCAACGACGACGUUGGGUUCCCUCCACAAUUGCAAAUAUAUUUGAUUUACUUUCCGAUGCGGAUAUGGUCGUGAAGAAUAAUAGUUCCAUUUCAACGCCGUACAUUGUUUACCAGGCCAUGCUAAUGGUUGGCACAAUUUUGGGUCCAGGUACUAUAUUCUUGAUGAUGGUGGGUGCUUUGGUAGCUGUUUUCAGCACAAGUAUUUGGAGCUCAUUCUUGUGGAACUUCGUUCCUGUGUUUUGCUUCAUUCUGUCGUGCAUUUAUUUAAAACAAAAAUUUCAGCUUUUGAUUGCCUUUGUAAUAAGUUCUUUGUAUUGCCUGGUGAUGAUGGCUGUAUUGAUUGGCAUAAUUAUACAGAUGAUAGACGAUGGACCUCUGGCACCGGCCUCCUUAUUUUUUCUUCUGGUUUUUAUGCAAAUUUUCAUCGCUGGCAUAGUGCAUCCCCAAGAAGUCGGAGCGUUAAUAUGCGGUUUCAUCUAUUACAUC